AUGUCAGCAAAAGCAAUACCAACUAUUAUUUUUCCAUCCACGCAUAUAAAUACUAUUAUCAGCAUUAUAGAAUCUUGUGAAGCUAAUAUUCAAAAUACAUUACAUGAGAUUUUAUUAAAAAUCAAAUACUUAAUACAAAGUUGGAUAAAUUAUUUAAAUAAAAACAUUUUUCAUGUUAAUGAUGUACAAGCCUUUUAUACUUAUGUAACAAAUGCUUUAAUAAAGAAAUUUGAAAUUAUUAUUCCAGAAAGAUGGGGAGUUCUUACAACGAGUGCAGCAUUAUCUUUGCCCAAUUUAUUAAAUAUUUCUUCUUUUUCAUCUUUAAAUAUAGAUGAUUUAAGAAAUAUGAUAAUAGAAAUUAUAGUUCUUUUAAAAGAUUCAUAUAGUUAUCCUCUUAAAAUGGAUGCUUUACUUUCAUUAACAUCGGAUUUAUUGUUUAAGCAUGUAGAACCUAAAGAUAUUUAUUGGGAACAAUUUAAUUAG